AUGGGCUGGGGUUGGAGCCUCAGUUCCUCCUUUCCCUUCUCGUCAACGGGGGGUCGGUCAACCAAGCAUCCUGGGUUCUAUACCAGAUUUAACACUAGAGCAUGCAGCCGAUCCUGGAUACAGAACUAUAUAAUGUGCAGUGAGGGAUCUUUAUUGGUAGCCAGUCUUUCACUUUUGCCUCUCCACUCCCAUGCCUUUCUUGGUUGGACCAACCCAACCGGCGAUUUCCGACAAGUCUUUCUGCUUAGAGCAAGAAGCGGAACCAAAAUCAAGCUUUCUUUAUUUUCAUUUAUGGAUAACCAAUUCAUUUUCCAAUAUAGUUGGGAGAUUUUACCCAAGAAAUGGGUACAUAAAAUGAAAAGAUCGGAACAUGGGAAUAGAUUUUAUACCAAUACUGACUACCUAUUUCCAUUGUUGUGCUUUCUAAAAUGGCAUACCUAUACAAGGGUUCAAGUUUUGAUCGAUAUUUGCGGAGUUGAUUAUCCCUCUCGAAAACGAAGAUUUGAAGUUGUCUAUAAUUUACUGAGUACUCGGUAUAACUCACGCAUUCGUGUACAAACAAGUGCAGACGAAGUAACACGAAUAUCUUCGGUAGUCAGUCUAUUUCCAUCAGCCGGCUGGUGGGAGCGAGAAGUAUGGGAUAUGUUUGGUGUUUCUUUCAUCAAUCAUCCGGAUUUACGCCGUAUAUUAACAGAUUAUGGUUUCGAGGGUCAUCCAUUACGCAAAGACUUUCCUCUGAGUGGAUAUGUGGAAGUACGCUAUGAUGAUCCAGAGAAACGUGUGGUUUCUGAACCCAUUGAGAUGACCCAAGAAUUUCGCUAUUUCGAUUUUGCUAGUCCUUGGGAACAGCGUAGCGACGGAUAAA